AUGAUCGCCUCUCCUGCGGCUCUGCGCGCGGGCAGCUUCCUCGUCCGCGCCGGCGCCGCGCGCGCCAGCUUCACCCCCAGCGGCCUCUCGCGCUCGCCGCUGUGUCCCCUGUUGGGCGAGCGAGGCUCGAAGAGAUACGACGCGUGGUGUGUGGCGCUUCCGAGAUUCGCAGGCGACCGCAGCGCCAUGAAUUUCUUCGCCGCCUCGCCCGCGUCGGUGUCAUCUGGCGCUCUGGGCGCCCGGUCCUUCGCUGGCUGGUCGCUGUGGGGCGGGAAGUCGGCGGCGAAGGAGACGAAGAAGGCGAGUGAAGGCGCGAUUGCAUCGCCCCUUGCGACGACAGCGGAGACACGUGGAGCCGCACCCCCCUCGCCCGUCGCGCCGGCGGAGCCUGCGCCCGCUCGGUCGUCGUUUUUCCGCUUCGGCGGCGAGGCGAAGCAGCCAGUCCAUGCACCUGCUGCGGAGCCUCAGUUUGCGAAGCCCGAGGCACCCGUAGAUCCGAAGAAAGGUUUCUCGUUUAACCGAAUCAAAGCGGCGACCCCCACGGAGGCGCCGACGCCCAACGCGGCGGAGAAGCAGAAGAAACGUAAAGUCCCCUUCUUUGCCAGGCUGAGAAGCUUCCUCUGCGGCUUCCUUGUCGCGAGCGGAGGCGCCUUCUACAUCUUGUACUACCAGCUGGAGGACGCGACCGCGCGCCUUCACAUCCUCGCGAAAGACGCCGCUUACCGCAUGGCUACUGUAGAAAACAAACUGCAUGCGCUGGAAAAAAAACUCGAGCGCGACUCCAAGUCGGAGGCAUCUUCGCGCUACGGUAUGAAGCGUACUGAUGCUGCACGCAUCGAGGUUGGAAGCCCCGUAGCCGCGCUGAGCUUCAUCUACGCUCUACAAAAGGAGCCUUCACGCAGCGCCGGAGCUCCGCGAUACAUGUCGACACACUUGCGGCUGAAUAGAGGCUGA